AUGGAGAAGCAUGUGUUCAUGAAGGGUCCAGGAAAGGCUGGCACCAAGCGGGCACUAGACUGCGGCUGUGGAAUCGGGAGGGUGUCUAAAGGAGUUCUGUUUCCUGUGUUUGAAUCCAUGGAGAUGCUUGACAUGAUGGAAGAGUUCAUCCUCCACGCUCAUGAGGUUUACCUCGGAGAUUACGCAGACCGAGUGGAGGCCUACUACCUUUACAAUCUGCAGGAAUUCAGCCCACUUACAAAGAGAUACGAUGUCAUCUGGCUGCAGUGGGUUGCCUGUCAUCUUACUGAUAAGGACCUGAUGGAGUUUUUAAUGCGUGCUAAGCAGAGCCUGAGGCCCAACGGUGUGAUCUUCAUUAAGGAUAACAUGGCGCGGCAGGGAUGCAAGCUGGACCCCAUUGACAGCAGCAUCAUUCGCCACCUGGACAUCAUGAAGAACAUCAUUCAGACAGCAGGCCUCACCAUACUGGACGUGGAAAAGCAGGAAGGCUUUCCUGAGGCUAUCGUGCCUGUAUGGAUGAUCGCCAUGCGCUAAAGGAAAUAAUUUUUUUAGAUGGAUAUGUUGUAAAUGCACUUAUGUAUAGGACAUAUUAUAAAAGCAUACAAAUUAAAAAAAAAUUUAUUCCAUUUACCAGCUUAUAUG